CUGUGCCUCUAGUCAGAGAGCAUCGGUCUCUUCCUUCAUAUUAACUUAUUGAGAUGAAGAUUGAACUCUCAAAGAUAAAGAACUGAGAGCGAUAGAGCGAGAGAUCAUUAUUUUCUCGAUCUGGUGCUUCAUAUUUGUAAGUAAGAGAGCUCAACAAAGAUAUGGGAAGGGCUCCUUGUUGUUCAAAGGUUGGUUUGCACAGAGGUCCUUGGACUCCCAGAGAGGACACAUUGCUCACAAAAUAUAUUGAAGCUCAUGGUGAAGGCCAUUGGAGAUCCUUGCCCAAAAAAGCAGGCCUCCUUAGGUGUGGGAAGAGUUGCAGGCUAAGAUGGAUGAACUACCUAAGGCCAGACAUCAAGAGAGGAAACAUUACUCCAGACGAAGAUGACCUAAUUAUACGACUGCAUGCACUUCUCAGAAACCGCUGGUCUCUCAUAGCCGGUAGACUUCCGGGUCGAACCGAUAACGAGAUCAAGAACUACUGGAACACCCAUCUCAGCAAAAGGCUCAUGAGCGAAGGAACUGACCCGAACACGCACCAAAAACUAUCCAAGCCUCCAGCCCCGAAGGUGAACAAGAGGAAGAAGAAGCAGAACCACAAAGCCAAGAACAAGAACAAUACUGAAAAACGCUUGCCGGAAAAGCCUAAGGUCCAUCUCCCGAAACCGACCAGGAUCACAUCCUUUGUUAACCUACCAAGAAACGAUAGCUUAACCACAGCUACCACUACUGUAUCUUCUAGUCAAGAUCUCGUUCUGGAUCAUAAUAACAAUCUUAUUCCUUGGUCUGAUUUCAAGGAGGACGAGGUGGUCUUCUCUGUCGGUGAUGGGUCGUCCUCAGAUUUCGAGUGUGAUCAGUCUCGAAUAAUACCUAAUCUUGCAGCGGCUGGUGAUGACAAUUCUUUGGAAAAUAUUUACGAGGAGUAUCUGCAGGCCCUCUUAAAGACGUCAGAUCAAGAUCAGAACUAUCAAGUUGAGUUAGACUCGUUUGCUGAGUCACUGCUGAUCUGAAUAAAUUAUAAGUAAGAACGCGAUGCA